AUGGAAGGAGUGGACUUGACGUUGCCGAACUCGUUGAAAAGAAGGACCCCUUUCAUCCACCAAGAGAUAAUUCGUGACAUACUCUCAAGGCUUCCAGUGAAAUCUUUAAAACGAUUUGAGUGUGUAUGCAAGCCCUGGCAAGCUUUAAUCACCAGCAUCAACCUAAACAGACCCCGGCUCCUGUACGCCCCUUUGUCAGUCAACCCCAACCCUCUCCUUUCCGUUGAUUAUGAAGCCCUGAAUAAUGAGGAUGGUGUUGCAAUGAAAGAGGUACAUUGUCCAGCCGUAGUCGAGCCCGACACAACUUUGAUAUUCUUGGGUUCGUGCCAUGGUCUGGUAGGUCUAGGAAUGGAUGGGCGUGACGGUCUUGUGUUAUGGAACCCAUCUACUGGAGAUAUGAGGGUGCUUCCAAAACCUACUCUUAGGAAGGAUGAUAUGAAUUUUCAUGGUGUCGGUUAUGAUCCCUCUACUGAAGACUAUAAAGUAAUAUGUGGAUACAGUGAUCAUCUUAAAACUGUGAUUGAGGUCUACUCACUAAAGAGGAAUGCAUGGAGGACUUAUAUAGACCUCAAGUGUGUCAAUUUAAACUUGCAAGACCUGCAGGGUUGCUAUUUAAAUGGAUCCAUACACUGGAUCAAGUUUAGCUUUCUGCGGUCUAGCAUCAUUUCAUUUGAUUUAGCAGAGAACAGGUUUAAGGAGGCAUUGCCAUUACCUGACUGUGGACCUGGUGGCAGCCACGAACUUAGCUCCUUGGGAAUCGGGACUACCAGAAACUGUCUCUUUGUACAUUCUGGACUCGAUAAACCCAAUCUUAACAUAUGGGUGAUGAAGGAAUUUGGGGUCAGGGAAUCUUGGACUAGAGUCCUACAUAUUCCUUCAGCAGUUAUAGGUCCAGACCAUGGAUUUGAUGAACACGGGUUGAAACCUCUUUGCAUUUUGGACAAUGGGGAAUUUUUGAUGGCUUAUGAUGAAAAAUGCUUGCAAUUAUAUAAUCCCAGCACAAUGACAUUUCGGAGAAUUAUUCAAGAGGACGAUGAUAAUUCUCCAAUCGAAACUGUUACUUACGAGGAGACUCUAGUUUCACUGCCAGUAGCAGAAGUGCUGGAGUUGGAGUAG